AUGUUUUCUUUCUGUAACGAUCCUAAUAGGAUUUUCUUCUUUCUUUCUUUCAUUUUUCAUUCGUUCAUUUUUUUUCUUUUCAUUCUUUCUUUCUUUCGUUCGCUUUCUCUUUCUUUCAUUCAUUCGCUCGUUCUUACGUUAUCUUUGUUUCGAUGUCUUUAUCUGAUUACUUUCUUUCCUUCCUUUUUUCUUUCCUUCUUUCUUUCUUUCCUUCUUUUUCUUUCUUUUUUCUUUCUUUCCGUAUUUCUUUUUUUCUUUUUUCUUCUUUCUUUCCGUAUUUCUUUCUUUCUUUCGUUAUAUCCUUCUUUUUCUCCGAAUAAAUUAGAUUUACCUUCUUUCUUUCUUUCUUUCUUUCUUUCUUUCUUUCUUUUCUCUUCUUUCUUUCUUUCCUUCUUUCUUUCUUUCCUUCUUUCGUUAUAUCCUUCUUCUUCUCCUAAUGUUUUCUUUCUUUCGUUUAUUUCUCCUCUCGUUUCAUGGUCUUUUCAUUCGUUCCCUCUCAUUUUCUCUCUUUUUUUCUUUCUUUCUUUUUCUUUUUUUCUUUCUUUAUUUCUUUCUUUCAGGCAACUUUGCUUGUCUUUAAGUAUAUUUUCUAUUCCUUUUCGUUUUUACUUUACCUUUUUUUCCAGAGAUUUACCUUCUUUCUUUCUUUCUUUCUUUCUUUUUUUGCUUCAUCAAAUGCCAUCUUCAUGUGUGGCUAAUCUUAUUCUUCUUGACUUACUCCCCUUUUUACUAUUCCUUCUCCUCUCUGUCUUUUUAUGCCCCCCCCCAAUACUCCAACCCUUUCUAUCUCACUUCUUCCUUUCUCUCUCUCUCUCCUCUCUCUUCUUUCUCUCUUUCUUUAUUUUUUCUUUUUUCUUUUCUUUUUCUGAUCACGUGUUUCGAUCUCAUUUUCUUUUUCUCUCGGUGAUUUUCCACCUUUUCUCCUUUCCGUUAUCUUCACGCUUUCUUUGUUUCUUUCUUUUUUUUUUGUUUCUUUCUCUCACUCUCUCUCUCUCUCUCUCUCUCUCUCUCUCUCUCUCUCUCUCUCUCUCCAUUUCUUUGUAUCUUUCUUUCGUCAUUUUCUAUUAUUUCACUUCCUUUUCUCGUUUACGCCCUUUUACCGUUUCUUUCUUUCUUCUCACUCUCUCUCUCUCUCUCUUCCCCCAUCUCUCUCUCCCCCUCUCUCUCUCUCUUUCCCCCUCUCUCUCUCUCCCUCUCACUCACUCUUUUCAAAUAAAACAUUAUCAAAUGAGAGUUGAAAACUCAAAUUCCGCCGUUGUGUUGCCUUUCUCUUUCGAUUUAUUUUUUUCUUCCUUUCUUUCUUUUUCACGGUUCCAAUGUCCUUUUUUAUUUCCCUUUUUCCUUUCCUUGAUCCUCUUCUUUAUGCUUCUUUCACUCUUUCUUUGUUUUACCUUUUCUUUCUUUUUUUCUUUUUGA